CUCGAAGCCAUAUCAUAUGUGCUGGAUUUGCAAUUCUUCAUCAAGACCAUCAAUGUGGGCUUCGCAGACAACCAAUCGAAGUGGUACAAUGACCACCCUCCCAGCGACUACGUGACAGGUUAAAGACCCCCGUCCGUCCCGCCCUACAUAACGUAGGAUUUUUUAGAUACCGCCACCACGAUAAAAUGGCCGGUUUUCACACUAAGACCCAGUUGGUAAAGGAGAGUCCGCCUUGGACGCGCCGCAUCGCAUACAAUGUCCAAAUCAGGGCAAUACAAGCGGCUCUGACAACCAUCGACUGGUUGGGUUCAUUCAGCAGAACUUCAGCCAACGCACCCAAUAUUGUCAAGACAUACAAUGUGAGAGAUCAUUUACCUGUGCGGGUUUUUCUUCCUUCUUCCUAUGAAGGCGGCUCAUCCAAGACACUUCCGACGCUGUUUACUAUUCAUGGCGGUGGCUUUUGUAUAGGCUCGUCUCACGAUGAUGACGCUUGGAACCGUUCCUUUUCCGACACUCACUCAGUGCUGGUUAUUGCAUUGAACUAUAGCAAAGCCCCAGCAGCUCCGUUCCCUACCGGCUUAGAUGAUCUUGUAUCGCUAUAUCUAGCUGCUUUGGAUGAUGAGUCUCUCCCCAUUGAUAAGGCAAAUGACGGACGUGUCGCUAUCUGUGGGUUCAGUGCAGGCGGCAAUCUGAGCCUGGGCUUGUCUCAGCGCCUGCUUCAGUCUGACCACUGCCCGUGCCGUCCCCGUGCAGCUAUCUCUGUCUACGGUGCACUUGAUCUAAGCCGUUCACCAGAGGCAAAGGCUAGUACGCGUCAGUAUAAAACGGAUGCUAGUCUCGGCUCCCCGCGUACAUCCGCACGCGAUCUCCUCCUCAACAUGGCCCCGCUCUUCGAUUGGAGUUAUCUGCCCGAUGGACAAAAUCUGCAAGAUCCUCUAGUGAGCCCUGGCCCGUGCGCUGAUCCAGAUGAUCUCCCUCCCCAUAUUUUCAUCAUUGCGUCGGAACUGGACAUGUUGGCAAAGGAAAGUCUCGAAUGUGCAAGCCGUCUGGCCCGCUCAAGAGGAGGCUCCGGAAUCUCGGUCGCUGAUUCCGAAGUAGCUCACUGCGGGCGUUCAGAGCCUGGAAGACCUGGGGAGCUGGUGUUGGACGAUAAGCGAUUUGCUUGGCAGGAAACCUUUCCUAACGGCAGCGUCAGAUGGCUCCUGGUGCCGGAUGUGCUGCAUGGUUUUGAUAGUCUGCCCAUGCGUGAGAGGUUUGGAGGAGAAGAGACGAUCAAGGAUGCAGAGCUCAAGACAGAAGCAUAUUGCAAGCUGUUAGGUGACUGGCUUCUUAACACAGUCUUCAGUGCUUGAAGGAAGCAGCACAGACACACUCCCUUCAAGUCUCGAAUCAGCUACUGUCGUCAUUUCUCUGUUUAUACACAGUAAAUACAUCUCGACUCAAAGUCAUCUCGACAAUCUAGACACGAUCAGUGCGGCUUGAUUCUAAGAGAUUGUCAGCUUCAAAGUUACUCAUAGGAAUCACUGUAUAGAGAGUCCAAAGACAAAAACACAUCAAGCUAUCAAUACCGUUCUAUUUGGAAUAGUCAGUGCCAAGAGAAUCUAGACUCUUUAGAGCGUAUGCCUUGAUUGUGUCUGGCCCAACUUGGUGACUGAACCGGUACAUAGAAAUAAUACAGGGAUAUGCAUGCCUUGAAUGCCACCCCAAGUGCCCUAACCUUGCACAAUAUAUCGGAAAGGGCCCGAGUAGCAUUCCGGGUAGAUCCCGAAACACUCGGGCAUCAGUCGCUUAGACUA